AUGCUUUCUUCGCUAGAUGCAGCGCUCGAAUCAGUGUCUGGUCCACGAACAGCUGCCUUUCAGCCGAAGCUCAAGCCUCGCGCUAGGAAGGGAGGAGCUGGCGGAGGGGCGGGUGCUGAAGCAGCUGUGCCCACAGGACAAUCUGGCUCAGCAGCCGGUCCAUCAGGACGGCACACUGCUCCAGCGGGAAAUGUAGGGGGUGCUGCGCAGGCGGUAGCGCCACCUGUUCGCGCUACAGCCGCUGCAGCUGCUACCGUCCCAUCUGGACGAACAUCAGCAUCAGCGCAACGUCCUCUUCCCGACGCCCCGGCUUCCGGUCCACAACUUCCCUCCCGGUCUGCAGCGCCAGAAGCUCUUGGUCUUUCCUCACCUGCGCCGUCCCUUUCGGCAACAGUAAUAGCCAGGGAGACUCAUCAAGCAGAAGGGUUAGGUUCGGUUCAAGGGGGUUUUGACGCCCCUUCCAGAACUGCCACUGCUGCUCCUUCCCCUGCCGCAACAGCAGCCACUGGUGCAAGAGCGUCGUCUGCAUCUGCCCCUGCUGCCCCUCCAAUCGUUCCCUCCUCACGUGCUCCUACCCUCCCCGCUCCUGACACGUCUGCUCGUCCCCCUCCGCGUGCUCCUGCUCCUGCCCUAGAAAACGGUCCUCAUAUAAAUGCCGCGCGUUUAGCCCAUACUGCUGCUGCCCCUAGUGCUGCGCCUGGCACUGCCCCGGGAGCAGCAGAAGUAGCAGUGCGGGGAAAUGGGAGAGGGAGGGAGAAGGAGAAAGGGGUAUCUGGGGCUGAUAAAAGCCAAGGCGUUAUUGGGUCGGGAACCAAGGGAGUGUUCUUCCCACACUCGUUCCGGAAAGGAAAAAGGCGGUCGCAAGUGACUCCGGAGCUGCUAGCAGCGGAGGACCUGUCGGGCUUCACCAUCCAGCAGAUCAUUCAGCGCUCCGAAGUGCUCGACCGAGAGAAAGAAAAGGAGGAGCAGGAGAAGAAGCGGAUAGAGGAGGAGGUGGAGCGGAACAGAAGGAAGCUGGCCAGGAGGCGAGGCGAGGAGGUGCUUGAUGGCAGUGAGAGCCCCGGCGCCUCUGCACCUGCCAGCAACCCCCCACCCAGCAGCAGCGGCGGCGGCGGUGGGGUAUUCGCUCCCCAGGUGACAGUGAUAGACGGGCGCAUUGUGGUGAACGAGGCGAGUCUCACGGUGGACGCGCAGGGGGGGAGGGACGAUGCGAUGGAGGGGUACAAGCGGGUGGAGGAGAGCUCAGCGCGGCUCAACUAUGGCACGCAUAUGAAGAGAGAGAAGAGCGACCGGUGGAGCGUGGACGAGACAACCCAGUGGUACCAGGCGCUGCAGCAGUUCGGAACGGACUUUGAGAUGCUGCAGGCGCUCUUUCCUAAGCGAUCUAGACGGCAGAUGAAGGCCAAGUUUAAGCGGGAGGAGACGCUGCACCCACACCUUGUCACUCAUGCGCUCACACACCGAUGCACAGACACGCAGCAGUACGAGCGGCUGGCCUCGGCUCUCAACCCCCAGCUGGCACUGCAAGAGGCUUAUGGGGAGGAUGAGGGGAUGAUGGAGGAAGUGGAGAUGGAGGAGUGGAGAGCGGUAGCAGCAGAGCCUGCUGGAGAGGGGGAGGAGGGAAGGGCAGAGGAAGCAGGAGUUGGGCUAGAGGAGGCGCAUGGGGAGGGAGAUGGUGUGGAUGGUGGGGAGGAGGGAAUGGGUGGUGAAGGUGACUAUGGGGAAGGUGAUUAUGGCGCAGGGGCGGAUGGAACAGGGGAGUAUGGGGUUGUGACACAAGAAAGCGCUGCUGCGACUCAAGUAGACGGUGACUAUGGUGAGGCGGAAUAUGGGGAGGGGGAGGAGGAGAUGGGAGGGACGAUAGGGUAUGAAGACCCGUUUGCUGCAUAUGGAGGGGACGGGGAGGUGGAGGAGGAGGAGGAUCCUCUGGCCGCCCUUCCCAUCUGUUGCUACAGCCGCCCUUCCCAUCUGUUGCUACAGCCGCCCUUCCCAUCUGUUGCUACAGCCGCCCUUCCCAUCUGUUGCUACAGCCGCCCUUCCCAUCUGCUGCUACAGCCGCCCUUCCCAUCUGUUGCUACAGCCGCCCUUCCCAUCUGUUGCUACAGCCGCCCUUCCCAUCUGUUGCUACAGCCGCCCUUCCCAUCUGUUGCUACAGCCGCCCUUCCCAUCUGUUGCUACAGCCGCCCUUCCCAUCUGUUGCUACAGCCGCCCUUCCCAUCUGUUGCUACAGCCGCCCUUCCCAUCUGUUGCUACAGCCGCCCUUCCCAUCUGUUGCUACAGCCGCCCUUCCCAUCUGUUGCUACAGCCGCCCUUCCCAUCUGUUGCUACAGCCGCCCUUCCCAUCUGUUGCUACAGCCGCCCUUACCAUCUGUUGCUACAGCCGCCCUUCCCAUCUGUUGCUACAGCCGCCCUUACCAUCUGUUGCUACAGCCGCCCUUCCCAUCUGCUGCUACAGCCGCCCUUCCCAUCUGUUGCUACAGCCGCCCUUCCCAUCUGUUGCUACAGCCGCCCUUCCCAUCUGUUGCUACAGCCGCCCUUCCCAUCUGUUGCUACAGCUAG